AGGAGGGUGUGGGCGACAGGCAGGGAGAGGGAAAAAGUGAGAGAAAGAGGGGGCAGUUGUGACAGAAAGAAAGACGCAGGGGGACAUGUCAGAGCCAGAGAGAGGAGGAAAGAAGGUCCGGCAGAAAGAAAAAGAGAAAGUGUGGGAGAGUGUGGGAGAGAGUGUGGAGAGGGAGAAAAGCCAAGGCCAAGAAUGUGAGUGUGUGCGCGUCGCGCGCGGAGUGGGGGAAAGAGAGGAGGGAGCGAGGGAGCGAAAGAGCCUUGGAGAGGGAAGGAAGAGAAGCAGCGGCCGGGAGCCAGGAGGAGCGAGUUGGGGGCGGAGACGAGGAAGUGGGCGCGAGGCGCAGGGCGCGGGCGGAGCGCGCCGCCCGCUCCAUCCCUGCCCAGAGCGGAGCCGGCGCGCGCGCAGGACCUCAGCGAACCGAGCGGAGCCACCUCAGCGGCAGCAGCUCCAGGGUCAACACUCAGCCUUUGCCUUUUCAGCCCAUGCUCUCCCGUGGACCGCAGAUGGAGAGGCCGUAGUAAUUGACCCCCAUCACGUUGUGGAUGGGAGCAGCCGCCUGCUAUGGAAAAGGCUGCAGCCAUGUUUCCACCUGAUGCCUCCCACAGAAAACCAAAGCCACCUCCAGACUCCUGCCCCAGUGCCUCAGUCUCCACGCCCAAACUGGAGAGUGGAAAUCUGCCCCGCCCUGGGAGGAAACCGGCUCUGCAGGAGGCUGUUUGAAGAAGGGGUUUGAACCAGGAACCUCACUUCGAGGACUCGCUGUCCCUCAUUUUUAUUCAAACUCAUGCCCGACGCCUCCUAGGAAACGGCUUUAUUUAUUUCUAGGAAAAUAGCACCGGGUCGAUCACUGCAGACUCCCCAGAUUUGGACACUUCUUUGGCUCUGCCCGGGAGCCUGGAGCCCAGAGGUUGACCUCACUGACACACUGGAGAGCAGGAAGAGAAUCAUCGAGGGGCCUUGGGCAAAGGAAGGAGCCAUAGGGUCCCAGGAUGGCAUCCAACAGCACAGCCUCUUCCUCUUGUCUGGACCCUCUUGCAUUCAAGGUCACUGUCAGCUUGAUCCUCAUCCUCCUUAUCUUCAUCACCAUCGCUGGCAAUGUGGUGGUCUGCCUGGCGGUGGGCUUGAACCGCCGGCUCCGCAGUCUGACCAACUGCUUCAUCGUGUCCUUGGCUGUCACUGACCUGCUCCUCGGCCUCCUGGUGCUGCCCUUCUCGGCCUUCUACCAGCUGUCUUGCAGGUGGAGCUUCGGCAAGGUCUUCUGCAAUAUCUAUACCAGCCUGGAUGUCAUGCUUUGCACGGCCUCCAUCCUCAACCUCUUCAUGAUCAGCCUCGACCGGUACUGCGCGGUCACGGACCCGCUGCGCUACCCUGUGCUGAUCACUCCUGCCCGGGUCGCCAUCUCCCUGGUCUUAAUUUGGGUCAUUUCCAUCACCCUGUCCUUCUUGUCUAUCCACCUGGAAUGGAACAGCAGCAGGAUGGAUCCCAGCGGGGUCAAUCACACCAUCUCCAAGUGCAAAGUUCAGGUCAACUUGGUGUACGGCCUGGUGGACGGGCUGGUCACCUUCUACCUGCCUCUGCUGGUCAUGUGCAUCACCUACUACCGCAUCUUCAAGAUUGCCCGGGAUCAGGCCAAGAGGAUCCAUAACAUCAGCUCCUGGCGGGCAGCCACCAUCAGGGAGCACAAAGCCACAGUGACUCUGGCCGCUGUGAUGGGGGCCUUCAUCAUCUGCUGGUUCCCCUACUUCUCUGUGUUUGUUUACCGUGGGCUGAAAGGGGAUGAAGCUGUCGACGAGACUGUCGAAGCCAUCGUUCUAUGGCUGGGCUAUGCCAACUCGGCACUGAACCCCAUCCUGUACGCCGCUCUCAACAGAGACUUCCGCACGGCGUACCAGCAGCUCUUCCGCUGCAGCCCCACCAGCCACAAUGCCCACAGAACUCCUCUGAGGUCCAACAGCUCUCAGCUGAUGAGGAAUCAAAGCCAAGAAACCAGGUGGCAGGAAGAGAGGCCCCUGAGGCUCCAGGUGUGGAGUGGCGCCGAGGUCGCCGCCGCCCAGGAAGCCACAGACAGGAAGCCAGCACUGUCCUGCACCGUGUGCUCCAACAACCUUCUGAGCUGCUGCAAGAGCCUUUGGGCACUUAGGUUCCUCCAGAGACACGUGGGAGGCCCCUCCGAGGAACAGCCAGGGGAGCCGCUGGCCGAGGAGCCCCCAAAGACACCACCCCAGGAAGCGGUGAGGACGCUGCCCUCUGAGGCUGUCUAGACCCAGCCUCUGGACACUGAAGAUAUUGGCUCUUGGUCACCAAGAUUUGACUCCUGGAGCCACUAAGGGUCCAGCAGCACCCCCUCCCUCAAACCACCUAGCCUGAGCCUGGGGUCCUCCCACCUAGGGUGGGGCAGCCUGGUCUGUGCUCUGACUCCCCUGGGUGCCUGCAGUUGCGCUGAAUCUCAUGGGUUCAAAGCUCACGCUGGUGCUGGCCCUGAGUCAUGAGCAGAGACCCGAGGACUUUCAGGGAUGCAAGCUCAGGUGUGUACACGGACGCGAAUGUGCGGAAACACGCGUGCCUUCUGAGCCUGACAGAAGGUGUUGCCACGAAGCGAGAGGGGAGAAGGAAGGAAAGGACAAGGAAGGACGUUAGCCUUUGAUGAAGACCUACUAUGCGCCAGGUACUUCACCCACAGGAGCUCAUGUAAUCCUUACAACGUGCAGCAGGGACCACCUACCUCCCUUCACAGCACUGGAGACUGAGGCUCCGAGAAGAACCAGGCCGGCCCGGGGCCGCUCAGCUAGAAAGUGUGCCUGGAACGUGGGAGGCACUUGAGAAGUAGUUGUUGAAGGAAGAAAGGAACAGAUGAAUGGACAAACGGGAGGAUGGGUGUAAAUCCAGGCCUCGAGCCCAGGCUCUUGACACUACACUGCCUCUCUAGAGAGGCCACGGUAUGUCCUUGACUCAGCCGACCCUCCUGCUAGCGAGGCUCAGACCCAGAGCCUGGCUGGUGGGGGUGGGGGGGUCCCUUCAUGCUGCAGUACUCACCCUCUCUGGUGCUUUCCAUAAAGAAGGAGUGGCGUGGAGCAGACUUGCUGGGGAAAGUGUGUGGGGCCACGAGGAGAGGCAGCUGGAGGCCGGGAGGGACGCAACAGGUGUGAAAAGGUGAAUUAGCCCUGCAGCGCCCCCUGCUGGAUGGAUGUGUGAUCUGGGCGUGGCAGUGGAUGUCUAUGAGCGGCUCUUUACUCCUCGGUCCAGUGGAGGGAAAGCUCCCCUUUCCUAUUUACAGGGUUGUCGAAGAGACCCAAGGAGGUGGAGGAGGUGACAGCUCCAGAAAGAUGAGGGUGUCCGGGGGCUCUCCUCGCUGCUGCUGCCUCUUCCUGAAUCCACCCUUCCCUGGGUUCCAAGGCUCCUUUCUGGCGUUCCCCGCCCAGUCCACUGGUACCUUUCAAGCCCUCUUCCUGCUCGCCAUCCUCUCCCCAGCCAUCAGAUGUGGCCACUCCCCAAGGCUCUGUCCUGAGCCUUCUCCUCUGGCUGCAAUUUCCAGCCCUAUGAGGCCUCGUCCACUCUGUCUCAUCAGAAGUUACCAGGAGUCUUAUCUCUAAGGAGAUUACCUACAGCUUUGUAUCUGGGUCCAGGCUCCUUCUGUGAGCUUUCGACCAACUUUCACAGCUGCCUGUCUACAGCUGCACCUUGCCCUUCUUCCCGCACCUGCUCCUCUUCCAGGGUCCUCUUAGACAGAAGCUCUGCCAUUGGCUUCCGAGGUCAAUCUUGGUACCACCGUUCUCCCAGCUCCUCAUAGUCCAUCCUCUCAAAUCCUGACUCCUCUGUGUACCACCCUUUACCUGGUUCUAUCCACUUGCCCUGUCAUCCCUCAGUCCCACUGCCAUCCCCUCAAUCAGGACAAUUGAAAUGGCUUCAUGACAGGUGCCCGUAUUCCCCACUUGCCUCCCUCCAGUCCACUCUCCACCCUGCAGCCACAAUGGAGCUGUGUGAACCACAAAACCAUGGAGAUUCCAUCUUACAGGAAGCCUGCCCACCCCACAGGGUCAGCCCUGACUGGCCCCUCCAACCUCCUCCUCCCCACGCUCCCCUCCAUCUCUUCACCCAACUCCACCGGAAUUCUCCUUCGAGCUUGUUCAUCUCACUGCUCCUUGCAGCUACCAGAUCACACAGCACUGUUCCCAUGACUUGGGAAGCUUCUCUUGCCUUUUCAGCCACAGGAUCUCAGAUGAAAUAUUACUUCCUGACCCUGUUAGUCCAGGCUUCCCACCCCCACCCUCCAGAACUGUCCUUGGAAGCCACAGGCAUGGUUGUCAUUUACUGUCAUCUGAGUGGUUCCCUGAUCCCUGUUCAUCUCCCCCACUCAGGAGGUCGAGUCCUGCCUGUUUUGUUGACCACUGGUGUCCAACCUUGUUGAAGACUGUUUGGCCUACAUAGUAGGUGCUUAAAGUAGCUUAUUUGCUAAUAUACCUAAAGGCAUGAUUUGCCCCAAUGGCCCCCAGAGAUGCUCAGUCUUUUGGCUGGAUUCCUUCUGGACAUCCCAGAAUCCCCUCCUUGGAAGUUUUCCCAGGAGUCUGAGUCUCUAGGUCAUGGCCAAGUAAAUGGAGCAUAAAACUGGUCUGUCUGAUUGAUCACAGACUCAGCUGGUGAGGUCUGAGGUCCAGGUGCCCAUGUGCCCUCUGCCACUGCAGGUCUCUGAGCUGCCCCCACCCUCCUGGCGCCCCCCUAUUGGCUGCAGAAGUGGGGCGCAUGCUGCCUGGAGGAGAAGCAUCUGGAGUGGGACCCCAAAUCCAUGUUUUGUGUUACCAUCAUGGUCCAAUAAAGCUAUCAAGACAGA